AUGAGCGUCACACGCGUUAUUUUGACUAAACUCGGAAGCGUUUGGACAACUUUUGCAUUCAAGUGACUAUCGAUCAUGGUUAAGCUGACUUUAAAAGACAGAUCCAACGUUGGUCUGGAUUUCUUUGAGUUUUUGAACGAGACUGAUCGGACAUCGAUCCAAAACAAAAGUCAACUAAAAGACAUUUACAACUUGGAGUUCAGAACCAGGAACAACGGGACCAGAGAUCCAAAUUUUAGUUCAGUUUUGUAUGGAUUGAGACAGUACAGCAAAGUGCAAGUGCGGGGAGGUAAAGUCCUCUUCAACUCCAAGGUCAGAGGUCUGUAUCUGGACCAGUGGCACUCACCCAGGAACCAGCGGCCGCAGCCCGACCAGAAUGGAGCAGCGAGCCCUGAGACCUUACAGGCCGUCAGCGCUGCAGACGACGCAGAGACGGGAGUUAGAGCCCGGAGAAAGCUGGCCAGUCUUUUGAUGAACAAACUCAAAGCUGAACGGAAUCAGUUCAUCUCUGAUAAACACGGCGUCAGCAUCACUUCCGACAUUCCGUUUAGCAACGGAAUAUAUACCCUGUGUGUCGAAAACACAUUCGAGUAUGCAAUUAAACUGAGUGUGAAAAACACCGGAACGCAACUUGUGUAUUUCACUUACUACACUCCACUGCAUUGGCUCAAAUGCUUAAGACUGCAGGAUGAGCACCGCGUGACCAAGCAGAAACCUCUGCCACUAAAUGCAGGUGAGAGCUACGAAAUCCAGGUUGACUUCCAGUGCACUGAGGUGGGUUUCUAUCCAGCAACACUGGCGUUCGAGUUCAAAGAGAACUUGCAGUCCUCCUCCUUCUACAUCGUGCGCUCCAUCGAGGCUCGGUGCGUGACAUCCUUGGGCAAAGAGCUGGCACCUGUAUCUCCUUACAAACCUCGCUCCCUCGCUGCCUGGACCGCCGACCCCGAGUGCAAUAUUGUGGAUGGAGAGCGACCUGAUGGGUUGUCAGUGAUGCGCCUGGAAAACGCGAAGCCGUUGAAACAUUACAAAAUACCAGCGUACAUGAACCAGCUCAUCAAAUCGCUGAAGCAGCCUGGUUUCUCUUCUGAUCAAAGAAGGAUGAUCCUGGAGAGCCCCUUGCGGUGGGAGACCUACGCAGAGAAGUUCCACCUGCUGCUGUAUUUGGAGGAACUUCAGAUGGAAGUGGACAUCAGGAGAUACAACAUCCCUAACGCUGACAAAGAAUACGCCGUCCUGCGACGAGACCCGAGCAACAAGAAAGUUCUCGUUCUGGAGGUGCCUGGCGUGUCCGAGAACCGGCCCUCUGUGCUUCGAGGAGAUGCGCUGCUGAUGUAUCCCCGGGGAGAACCGGACGUGAAGUACCGCGGCUACGUCCACAGUGUGCAGCUGGACAGCGUCAGACUGGGUUUCGCUUCCGAGUUUUUGAAUCGCUAUACAAAAGGAAAUGAUUUCAGCUUUAUAGAGGGAAUAAAGUUCAGCCUUGAGUUCACCAUCAACCGUCUGACGGUGCGUGUCCAGCACCGAGCAGCAGAGCUGGCAGCUGCACACGCGUUGAAAAAUGUGUUGUUUCCUGCCCCGCCCCCAUCUCCAUGCCAGCAACCUCAGCUUCCCAAACUCAGUCUGUUCGACAGGCAGCUGGAGGGAAACUCGGAGCAGUAUCAAGCAGUCCAGCACAUCGUUGCUGGCUCGUCCAGACCCGCCCCUUACCUCGUGUUCGGUCCACCCGGAACAGGUAAAACUGUGACUGUUGUGGAGGCCAUCAAGCAGAUUGAAAAGACUCAGGCCUCCUGCUGCAUUCUGGCCUGCGCUCCCUCCAACAGCGCUGCCGACCUGCUUUGCAGCAAGAUCAUCCAACACGUGGAUGAGCAUAAAGUGUACCGCAUGUACGCCACCAGCCGGGACCCAAACCUUGUCCCUGAUAACAUAAAGGCAUGCUCUAACCUGGUAGGGGACUGUUACAUGUUCCCUGAAAAAGAGAAGCUGAUGGAAUAUAAGGUCAUGGUCACCACCUUGUUAACAGCUGGAAGGCUUGUCACUGGAGGAAUUCCUGCUGGACACUUCACUCACGUGUUUGUGGACGAGGCCGGACACGCUGUGGAGACUGAGUGUUUAGUCCCAAUUGCAGGAUUGCUUGAAGCAGAGUCUGGUCAGCUUGUUCUGGCUGGAGAUCCGAAGCAGCUCGGACCGAUUCUGAGAUCUCCAUUUGCCUUGAAAUACGGGAUGGGAGUGUCCCUCUUGGAGCGCUUGAUGACUGAUUUCCCUCUGUACCAGAAGAGCGACGGUGUUUUCAAUAACUGCUUCGUCACCAAACUGCUGCACAACUACAGGUCUCAUCCUGCCAUUCUGAAGAUUCCCAACGAGCUCUUCUAUGAUGGCGAGCUGCUGGCUUCUGCAGAUGAAUAUGCACGGAACUCCUACUGCAGUUGGGAAUACCUUCCCAAGCAGAACUUCCCAGUGAUUAUGCACGGGGUGGCUGGAGUUGAUGAGCGUGAGAGCACUAGCCCUUCGUUUUUCAACGUAGCAGAGAUUGAAAAGCUGAUGGAGUAUGUAAAAAAACUGUUGGAGACGCAAGGCAAGAAGGGCCUGGCCAAAAUUGCACCCCGAGAAAUAGGCAUCAUCGCCCCCUACAGGAAGCAGGUGCAAAAAAUCCGCAAGGCCCUGGAGAAGGUCGGGAAAGAGUUAAAAGUGAUGAACAUGGAACAUCUCAAGGUUGGUUCGGUGGAGGAGUUCCAAGGUCAGGAGAGAAAAGUGAUCUUGGUGUCCACAGUCCGGAGCAGCUCUCAGUACGCAGAGUACGACAAGAAAUUCAGCCUGGGCUUUGUCAAGAAUGAGAAGCGAUUCAAUGUAGCUGUGACUCGAGCCAAAGCCCUGCUGAUUGUGGUGGGAAAUCCCAGUGUGUUGGGCUCGGAUCCUACCUGGUCCCGUUUCAUCCAGUACUGCAGAGACGAGGGAGGCUACGCUGGCUUCAGUCAACCAGAGGACGAAGACCAAGUGGUGGCGAGACUCGCUGCUCUCUACAUCGACAUCGAGGCCACAAUUGAGACUGCUGAGAGUCUUGUUCAACAGCACCUGGACCCAGAGUGGAGGAACGACCUGUGAGCACCAGGCAAGCCUGGACAUCCAACACUGGAACUUGAAGGGAUUCAUUGACAUUAGAUGGAUAUAUUUUUUUACCAGAUUAAAAAAAAAAGAGUUGAUUUUCACUUUUCUGACUAAAAAGAAUGACACACGUCCAGCAUUCACAAGACAAAAACCCACCAAAGUUAACCUAAACAUAGCACUUACACCACUGCAAUCACUUUUAUCCAGGCACGUGCAUGUGGUGACUAAAAUAUUAAAUACUGAAAAAAAAUACCCUCGACCCUCAACUAUUCUCUCAGGCUCGUCACUUUCAGAAUUUAGAAAGACAAUUUGUUAGGAAUUUGAAUAAAGAGUAAAUUAUGUAUGAACUGUAUGUCCUCAAACUAGAUAUUUUGAGUCACUGUUAAAAUGUUUGUAAUGUCUUUCAUGAAAAAAAAUAUUUAAAUAUUAAAGUGCAAUAAAGCAAACC